GGAGAGGUGGGUUAAUGGGUGAGGGAUUGCGUGCCGGGCCCGGGCGAAGGUAAGCGCCGGACUUGUCGCCGGUCACUGGUCGCUGACCGCCGGCCCCCGCCCUUCCCCCGCGCUCCGCUCGGCUGCCCCGGCCCGAGGCGGCAGGCCCCGGGCCCCGGACCCCGGGGUCCCCACGGUAGGCCCCGGCCCCGGGACCCCAGGGUCCGGGCCGCGGUAGCCGGCGACGGGACGAGGCCCAACAGCCAGGACGGACCAUGAGCGGGGCCGCCGCCCGGGACCCCCCGCCACCCUCUUGGGGUGCCCCGGAUGGACCGCAGCCUUCCUGGGGCCUAUGCGGCCUCCUGGCUGCCCAGCACGUGCUGGUGUUGACGUCGUUGCUGUGCGUGUCCCACCUGCCGCUGCUGGGGGAGGACCCCGGGGGGCCCGGCCCCCGGCCCCCGGCCCAGCUCCUGGCCUCCAGCUUCUUCUCCUGUGGCCUCACCACCCUCCUGCAAGUCUGGGGGGGCAGCAGGCUCCCGCUGGUCCAGGCCCCGACCUUGGAGUUCCUGAUCCCGGCCCUGGUGCUGACCACCGUCCACACUCCCCCUAACGCCCCGCAGCUCCUCAACAACGGUUCCCGGGCCGCGGCCUCGAGCCGUGAAUCUCUCCAAGAGGUGUCCGGCGCGGUGCUGGUGUCCGGGCUGCUGCGGGUGACGGCGGGCCUGCUGUCGGGGCCGGGCGGGCUCCUGGCGCGCUGCGGGCCGCUGGUGCUGGCCCCGACGCUGGUGGUGGCCGGACUGACCGCACACCGGGAGGCCGCUCUGCUCUGCGCUCACCAUUGGGGCCUCGCGCUGGGGCUGAUCUUGCUGAUGGUGGUCUGCUCCCAGCACCUGGCGUCCUGCUCGGUUCCCGCGUGCCCGCGGAGUCCCGCCCGGCGCCCGCCGCUGCCGGUCUUCCGCCUCUUCUCGGUCGUGAUCCCGGUGGCCUGCGUCUGGUCGCUGUGGGCCCUCCUGGGCCCGGCCCGCCCCCCGCCGUCCCACCUGAGCGGCCCGGCCCCCGCCCCCUGGCUCUGGUUCCCUCACCCAGGAGAGGGGGGCCGUCCGGCGCUGACCCCGCGGGCGGUGGCCGCGGGCACCGCCAUGGCCCUGGCUUCGUCCGCCAGCUCCCUGGGCUGCUACACGUUGGCCGGGCAAGUCCUGAGCCUGCCCGCGCCGCCCCCGCACGCCUGCAGCCGCGGCCUGGUGGCCGAGGGCCUGGGCAGCCUGCUGGCCGGGGGGCUGGGCGGCCUGGGGGGCAGCGCCGCCAGCUUUGCCAACGUCGGGGCCAUCGGCCUCACCCAGGCGGGACGGCGACGCGAGGUGCAGCUGGCGGGGCUGCUGUGCGUGGCCUUGGGCCUCUCUCCGCGCCUGGCGCAGGCCCUCGUGACCCUCCCGCCGCCCCUGCACGGGGCGGUGCUGUCGGUGAGCCAGGCCCCGGUGCUGUCGGGGGGCCUGGCCCGCUUCCGCGCCGCCGACCUCCACUCCGGCCGCAACGUCUUCCUCGUCGGCCUGGCCGUCUUCAUGGCGCUGCUGCUCCCCCGCGCCCUGACCCGACGCCCGCCCCAGCGCCCGCCCGCCAGCCUCCUCCUCCUCCUCCGCACCGGGUGGAGCCCCCUGGACGUGCUGCUGCAGGCCCUCCUGGCCACCCCCGUCUUCCUCGCCGCCCUCUUGGCCUUCGUGUUGGACAACACGGUGCCCGGGACCCGAGAGGAGCGGGGGCUGCCGCCACCGCCGGGCCCCCCGGGCCCCGCCGCCCGGACCCCGCCAGCCGCCGCCGCCGCCCUCCUCCUCGGCGGGCCGCCGGACGAGGCCGCCCGGGCCCAACCGGUCCGCGACGCGACGGACGAGGCCGCCCGGGCCGCCCGGCUGUACGGGCUCCCCGGGCCCCUGAGCGCCCUGCGGCCUCUGCUGCCCCGGCCCCUCCGCCGCCUCUGCCCGCCACCCCCGAGCGGCGGGGACAAGAGGCAGGACCGCCCCCAGCCGGGGGAGGCCGUCGAAUUGGUGCCCGCUCCCGGGGGGCCCGGGGCCGUGUGAGCACCCCGUCGGCGCCGGGGGGCUUCGCGGGGGCGCCCCGGCCUUCCUUCCUUCCUUCCUUCCUUCCGGCCCUCGGUUCCCUCUCCCUCUUCCCCGGGACGCCCCAGGGUGGGGCACGGACGAGGGCCGCUGCGGCCUGGGGGGCGUCCCCCUCGGGGACCCUGGUCCCCGCUCAGCCUCCCCCAGGACCCCAGACUCCCCUCUCUCCCGGGGAGCAAGCGAGCCUCCCGGGGGGGCGGUGGGGCGGGCCCCGGGUUCGGAGGUCACGGUUCCGCUUCGGGCCUGUGGCGCUGGGCCGGCCCUCCCGCCGCCGGUCCUCCCCGGAAUGGGAGUGGGGGGCACGGAAUGACCUUAUAAAGCCAAAUGACCUCACGCCCCUCCCGGAGACUUAGCGCCGUGUGUCCGCGUCGUCGCCGGUCUUCAGUCGGUCCUAUUUAUCGAGCGCCGACCGGGACCCGGGGAGGGUCACCGGCGGCCGACGGGCCAUCUGGGGACCGCCUACCGUCCCCACACAGCUUCCCCCACCCCUGGGGCUCCGGGUCGUCGGGGGCCGUUCAAUUUCCUUUCUUCCGCCCGUCCUCGUCUCCUUUCGAUUCUCGAACAGACACACGUUCCCUACCCACAGUGAGCUUACGGUCCGGAGUCGUCGUCGAUCGGUAAUCGAUCUCGCCGCCAGCCCCUCGUCUACAUCCUUCCUCCAGUCUGGAACUCCCUCCCACUCUUUUUUUUUGAAAUGGUAUCUGUUAA